UACAUAUAUUAUGGAAUGCAUGGAAGAGAGGGGACAAAUCGUUAUGCCCAUAUUCUAUGAUGUGUAUCCUUGGGAAGUAACAACACAUAAAUGGAAAUAUGGAGAAGCAUUUGCCAAAAGUGAGUUGAAGAACAACAUAAAAGUUGAAUCAUGGAAAAAAGCAUUGGUGGAUGCAACUAGUAUUUUGGGAUGGGUAACCAAGUACAUUGCAAACGGGCGUGAAGCAGGAUGUGUUAAACAAGUUGUUGAUACAAUCUCAAAGAGGUUAUUUCCCACUAAAAACUUUGAAACUACUAGUAUGACUACUCUAACAUCUUUCCACGAGGACGUGGAGCACUUGAAGAUUCCUCUCAGAGACAUAUUACUAGCAACUAAGACAUUUGCGAAAGAAAACAUCAUCGCAGGUGGUGGAUUUGGAAAGGUAUACCAAGGCCAAUCUCAACAACAUGGCAUCAUAGCCGUAAAGCAGUUGGAUCGUAGGAAUGGGCAAGGAGAUCGUGAAUUUAUGAUGGAGAUUGCAUUACUUUCAACUUAUAAACAUGAAAAUAUUGUCUAUCUUGUAGGAUAUUGUGACCAAGAUGGCGAGAAGAUACUUGUUUACAAGUAUGAAAUGAAUGGUAGUCUAGACAAACUUAUUCAUAGCAGGAGUCUAACCUGGAUCCAACGUCUUCAGAUUUGCAUAGAUGCAGCCAGUGGGUUGAGUUAUCUUCAUAAUGAUGUUGGGCCUCAACAUAGAAUUCUCCAUCGCGACAUCAAGAGUGCAAACAUCUUACUGGAUGAAAAUCUUAAAGCCAAGAUUUCCGACUUUGGGUUGUCCAAAAUCGUUCUUGCAAAUGUGCCAUGUACAGUUGUUAUCUCCAUUCCUUGUGGGACACCAGGAUAUGUUGAUCCACAGUACCUACGUCGUAAUGUUCUCACUCAAAAAUCUGACGUUUACUCUUUUGGAGUUGUGUUGUUUGAGGUAUUGUUUGGCAGACUAGCGAGUCUUGAAGAGCAUCCCGAUGAGAGUCAUUUUUCAGUUCAAUCAGCCCAAAGGCAUUUCAGAGAGAAUACAUUAGAUGAGAUAAUCGAUUCAGAUCUAUGGAAGCAAAUGAACUUGGCCUCCUUAAGUACCUUUUCAAAGAUUGCCUCUGACUGCUUGAAAGAACAGGGGGAAGAACGUCCAACAAUGAGCAAGGUUGUCGAAGAACUAAAGAAAGCAUUGGAUCAUCAGCUAGCUGUUGGAGCUGCUUAAGCUUCUAUAUUUUUUAGGUUUUGUUGUUAAAGCUUAGAGCGUCGGUUUAGACAGCCAUGUAGAUCAACUGUGUAUU